AUGCCAAGAGGAAACCAGAGCCGCAUGACCGAAUUCCUCCUUCUAGGACUGACUACUGACCCCAAACAACAGGUGUGGCUCUUUGCUACCUUCCUGGCCAUGUACCUGGUCAAUGUGGUUGGCAACUCAGUCAUCAUUGCAGCCAUACGGGGGGAUGUCCGCCUCCACACUCCCAUGUACUUCCUCCUUGCCAACCUGUCCUUGGUUGACAUCUGCUUUACUACUGUCAUUGUGCCACAGAUGUUAGUGAACAUGCUAGCACAGAAAAAGACCAUCCUCUUUCCCCAGUGCAUCACCCAGAUGUAUUUCUUUGUGGCCUUUGGAAUCACUGACAGCUUCCUCCUGGCUGCCAUGGCCGUUGACCGCUACGUAGCCAUCUGCAACCCACUACAUUACACCUCGACGAUGAGCCCCAGGCGCUGUCUUCUGCUGGUGGUAGCAUCCUGGAUGGUGUCCCACCUCCACUCACUCACCCACACAAUUCUCAUGGCCCGCCUCUCCUUCUGUGGGCCCAAGAUCAUCCACCACUUCUUUUGUGAUGUUCAGCCACUGCUAACGCUCUCCUGUUCUGACACCUCCGUCAAUGAGCUUCUGGCCUUCACGGAGGGUUCCUUUGUAAUCAUGAGUCCUUUUAUCUUCAUUAUCAUCUCUUACGUCCACAUAACGCGUGCUGUUCUCAGGGUUCCUUCAGGUGGAGGCAGGUACAAGGUCUUCUCCACCUGUGGGUCCCAUCUCACAGUUGUGGCACUGUUCUAUGGUACCAUAAUAUCUGUCUAUAUUCGCCCCUCAUCCACCUACUCAGUGACAAAGGAUCGUGUGAUCACUGUCAUCUACACAGUAGUCACACCUAUGCUGAACCCUUUCAUAUACAGCCUUAGGAAUAAGGACAUGAAACAGGCCUUGAGGACGCUAACUAGGAGAACAGAGUAG